CUCUCAACUUCCAUUUCUUACGGACAACUAACACUAGCUACUACAAUUUCAUUUAAUGAAGAUGGUCAUCUUCAUCUUCAAAAACAUUUUCUUACUUACCCUCCUACUGCUACUUCUGUCCAUGAAUGUAGUGCAAGGAAGAUAUCAUUACCACAAGAACCAGAAGGCGGCUCCACCUCCAUCUGUUCCUUCUGACCCGGUUUCAUCACCAGUAACCGACCCAGGCGAUGGUGAUGGUGAUGGUGAUGCUGCUGCUCCUAAUUGUGUUUUUGAUGUCAAGGAUUAUGGUGCCAUUGGAGAUGGGUCCACAGAUGACACUGCUGCUUUCGUAGCUGCUUGGAAGGAAGCUUGUGCUGUGGAAUCAGCGACUGUUUUAGUACCAUCUGGUUGCACUUUCAUCAUAACCUCUACAAUCUUCUCUGGACCUUGCAAACCAGGACUUAUCUUUCAAGUAGAUGGGGUGGUAAUGCCACCAGCCGGUCCCGACUGUUGGCCAAAGAAAGAUAGCUACAAGCAAUGGUUGGUGUUCUAUAAGCUUGAUAAUAUGAGUUUGACUGGAACUGGUACCAUUGAAGGCAAUGGUCAAGACUGGUGGGAACUCCCCUGCAAGCCUCAUAGGGGUCCCAAUGGUUCAACAUUGCCAGGACCAUGUGACAGCCCUACAUUAAUUCGGUUCUUCAUGAGCUCAAAUUUGGCAGUGACUGGACUACGCAUCCAAAAUAGUCCUAUGUUCCAUGUGAAAUUUGACGGAUGUGAAGGGGUACUCAUUGAUAAACUCUCUAUUUCUUCUCCUAAACUUAGCCCCAACACCGACGGAAUCCAUAUUGAGAACACAAAGUCUGUGGGCAUCUACAAUUCAAUGAUAAGCAAUGGGGAUGAUUGCAUUUCAAUUGGACCUGGUUGUGUAAAUGUUGAUAUAGAGGGUGUCACUUGUGGGCCUAGUCAUGGGAUCAGCAUUGGGAGCCUUGGGGUACACAACUCCCAGGCGUGCGUUUCUAACAUAACCGUACGCAAUGCCGUGAUACAUGAUUCUGAUAAUGGGGUUCGGAUCAAGACAUGGCAGGGUGGGGCAGGGUCGGUCACAGGGAUCGCUUUUGAGAACAUUCAAAUGGAGAAUGUGAGGAAUUGUGUGAUCAUAGACCAGUACUACUGCUCAAAUAAAAACUGUGUAAACCAAACGUCAGCCGUGUAUGUCAGAGACAUCUCGUUCAGGAACAUAAAGGGAACGUAUGAUGUGCGAAGCCCUCCCAUCCAUUUUGCUUGCAGUGACAGUGUAGCUUGCACCAACAUAAGCAUGUCUGAGGUUGAGUUGUUGCCAUAUGAAGGGGAAUUGGUGGAUGAUCCUUUCUGUUGGAAUGCUUAUGGAGUGCAGGAGACCCUUACCAUACCUCCAAUUGAUUGUUUACAAGAUGGUAUGCCACAGUCGAUAUCAGAUAAAGUUGAAUAUGGCUGCAUUUGAUCGUAUAUCUGAAUUCAAUUUAAGUUGUAGUUUGAUUUAGAUAUCUAUAGAGUUUAUUAUUAUUAUUAUUAUUAAUACUGUAUAGAGCCCAAUACCUAGCCAUAUAUCUGAAUUCAAUGGGGGUACUUUUAGGUUGUAGUUUAAUUGUGUCCCUUGUGUUGUUGGAUCAAUUAGCCUAGUGUAGGGCCCAUCCUUAUUGCGUGAUGAGGCUCCAAUUUCUCCUUUAUAUGUUAUGUACUUGUCUACAUAUAUACAUGCAUACUAGGUUCACUUUUCAAUCUC